AUGUCACAUGUGUAUAAAUUCCGAUGAAGUCCUUCCACUAACACCUUUCUUUCCUCUCUGCCUACUGACCUACCAUUUUCUCUGCUCCUAUUCCGUCUCUCUUCUUUCUCUCUCUUAUUUCUUUUUUUUUAUUUAUUUUCUUUUUUCUUUUUUAUUUUCUUUUUAAUUUCUCAAUUUCCUCCAGUUUUGUACAGCUCUUUAAUUUCAGGUAAGUAUACAAAUCAAUCUCCUCACUUAAUUCCACACCUCUUUUCUUCUUAUUUCUAUUACAGCUUUCUGUUCUAGUUGGGAAGUUACCGUUGGUUAGUAGUCUCUCUGCAAAAAAAAAAAAAAAAAAAAAAAAAAUCCAAUCUUUUUCUUGAAAUUUAAUUAAUUCUUUUAGUGGGUUCUUUUGAAGAUUAAGGGAGUCCCUUGUUUGGUAUUUUUAUUUACUAUUAAUAUAAUUAAACAAAUUCCAAGAGUUAGAGAAAUGAAGCACUACGCGAUUCAGCAGAACAGUUUCGCCGCCUGUGAAGAGAUGAGGGGCGGCGGCGCCGCCGCCGCUUUUAGAUCUGUUGAUAUGAAAGAGACGGUGGUCUGCCCCAAGCCACGGCGGCUCGGCCUGCUUCAGUCCACCCUUAACGACCCUUCCUAUGUGAGACCCUUGCGAUGGCAUGCUAGCCUUCACCAAGAGGUUUUCGAUGCCAAAGCUGGAAAUGAACUAUUGGACAUCAUCCUAGCAAAGGGUGGCACCGAUCAAUCAAUCCCUAAUAUGUCCUCGUCGCCCCCAUUUUUUUCGGGGUCUCCGCCGAGCAGAGUAUCUAACCCACUAAUUCAAGACUCGAGAUUCGGGGAAGUGAAAUCCACCCCCAUCUCACCACGUGCAAUUCCCACCUCCUUGGGGGCGGGGGCGGGGGUGGCGACCCCCUCUCCCUCCUCCGCCCGCAAGGGCGGUUGUGUCCGAGCAAAUUUUGGUAGUAAUCCGGCCGUGAGAAUCGAGGGUUUCAAUUGCCUGGACAGGGAUAGGCGCAACAACUGCAGCAGCAGUAUCCCCGCACUGGCUUGAGAAACUACUCGAAAAAUCGAAAUAAAUCGAUUUUUCGAGUUUUACUGAAAUCAUAUUGAUCAUCGAUUAUUGAUCAUUUUGUCUAGUAGUGUACAUAUACGUCGUGUCGUGUUGCGAAGUGUCUCGUGUAAAUUAGGUUUGGUGUUUGUCUGUAAGUAUGAGUGUUUGGAGUGUUAUGUAAUAAUUUUUUUGUAGUCCAAAGAAAAGCAAAAAGGCCCCUCUUUGCUAAUGGUGUAAGUAUGAGAUGGAGAGGAGGGGCGUGUGGCAUAUUGGUAAUUUUAAGUCUAUGUUGGGGUUAGUAUUGAGAUUUGAUUAGGGCGGCUCUUUUUGUAAGGGGGCGAAUGCAAAAUAUGUACAAAAUUAUGUCUUAUUUAUUUAAUGUUUCUUUAUAUAUUAUAUUAUAAAUGAAGUUGGC